AUGCCAACAAGCUUGAGAUCAUUUUCAGCGGCGGACUACGUGGUCUUCUCAGCAACUCUGUUGGUCUCGGCCGCUAUAGGAGUGUUCUAUGCGUGCAAAGGAGGUGGCCAAAACAGCACCAAGAAGUUUCUCAUGGCCGGGAACGACAUGAAGUGCCUACCACUGUCUCUUUCCGUGCUGGCGACAUUUUUCUCGGCUUCCACGUUGCUUGGGACUCCAGCAGAGAUCUAUCAAUACGGAACCAUGUACUGGAUCUGCAGCUUUGGGGCUGUUUUGGCUCCUCUAACCGGGGCCCUGUUGUUUGGGCCUAUGUUCUUCAAACUGAAGGUUGUUAGUGUCUUUCAGUAUUUACAGCUCAGAUUUCGCUCAAGGGCGGUGAGACUGUUUGGUGCCUUCAUCUUCUUGCUGAGAACUAGUGUGGGUAUGGGAAUCGUCCUGUUCGGGCCAUCUACAGCUCUCAGUGCAGUCACAGAGUUUCCAGAGUGGGCGGUGAUUGUCACAGUGGGCGUGGUCUGUACUUUCUACACAACGAUUGGUGGGAUGAAAGCUGUCAUCUGGACGGACGUGUUUCAGACCUUGGUCAUGCUGGCGGGCAUGUGUGCCGUCAUUAUACAGGGUUUCCUGGUGGACGGCGGAGCGGCACAGGUUUGGCAGGACAACUAUGACGGCAGACGGGUGGAAUUCUUCAAUUUUAGCUUUGACCCGAGAGUCCGACACACGUUUUGGUCGCUACUGAUCGGCAUCUUCUUCGUGUGGCUGCCUCCCUACACGGUUGACCAGCAGAUGGUGCAGCGAUUUUCCUCGGCCAGAUCGUUGACAGACGCCAAAAUCGCCAUCCUGAUGAACAUCCCUGGCAUGUUCCUCAUGAUCAGCUUGUGCUCACUCACCGGGCUGGCUCUCUUCGCGCACUACUCACGAUGUGACCCACUUAAACUCAAGGUUAUUGCUAAUCCAAAUCAGUUACUUCCGUAUUAUGUCAUGGACAUUUUGGGAGGUUACCACGGACUGUCGGGACUGUUUAUCUCUAGUUUGUUUAGUGGCGCCCUCAGUUCGGUGUCAUCCAUGCUCAACUCGCUGGCUGCGGUCACAUGGGAAGACUUCCUCAAACCGAGCUUCUCCGAGAUCUCGGACUCCCGAGCCACGAGGAUCACCAAGGUAUUAGCUGUAGCCUAUGGCUGUGUGGGUGUGGGACUGGCCUUUCUGGUCAAGGAGUUGGGCGGAACAGUCCUACAGGCGUCUCUAACGUUGAACGGUGCUACAGGAGCGCCCCUAGUGGGCCUGUUUAUCCUGGGAUCGUGUUUCACUAGUGCCAACUGGCAGUGGAGCAAUCUUGGGUCUCGUGUCUCUCUGUGGCUGAGUAUCGGAGCUUACACCUCGCCACCACUCAGCUUCAAACUACCAACCACUACAGCUGGAUGCAACCUUACAGGCAACGCGUCCCAGUUUACACUGGCCCAAACUUCGGAUUAUGCCAAUUUCAGCUUUCCCAGCACCGACCAGUUAGUAGGUAUUGACAACUUCUAUGGGCUGUCCUACUUGUGGUUCUCAGCCAUUGGUGUGAUUACCUGUGUGGGAUCUGGUUGGUUGAUCAGUUUGCUCUCAGGUGCCACAAAAUCAGAAGACAUUGAUGUCAGCCUACAGCUGCAACUGUUCAAACAACUCCGCCAUACAUCAUCAUGUUGUCCAACAACAUCA